AGAAAAUUUGUUUUUGUUGUUAUUUUGCAAGUGGAAAGAAACUUUCUCAAUAAAAAAAAAUGUCAAUGCCCACUGCUUUACGUUAUGAUGGCAAAGUUGCCGUAAUUACCGGCGCUGGUGCUGGUUUAGGGCGUGAAUACGCUCUACUUUUUGGUUCUCGUGGAGCCAGUGUAGUUGUUAAUGAUUUGGGUGGAAGUUUUCAUGGUGAAGGAGCUUCCCAACGGGCUGCCGAUGUUGUUGUCGAUGAAAUUCGUGCUUUAGGUGGAACAGCUGUUGCAAAUUAUAACUCUGUCGUUGAUGGUGACAAAGUUAUUCAAACAGCAAUUGAUAAUUUUGGAAGAAUUGAUAUAUUGGUUAACAAUGCUGGAAUUCUCCGAGACAAAAGUGUUGCCAAGACAUCCGAUUUAGAUUGGAAUUUGGUUCAUGAUGUUCAUUUAAAGGGUUCAUUUAUGACAACCCGUGCUGCAUGGCCAUACUUUAAGAAACAAAACUAUGGACGUAUUAUCAUGACUUCUAGUAACUCUGGAAUCUAUGGUAACUUUGGACAGGCUAAUUAUAGUGCUGCCAAAUUGGGUUUAGUUGGUUUAGCCAAUACAAUUGCCAUUGAAGGGCAAAAAAACAAUAUAUUUUGUAAUGUUAUUGUGCCAACGGCUGCGUCGAGAAUGACUGAAGAUGUUCUUCCAGAACUCUUAUUCCAAGAGCUAAAGCCACAGUUGAUUGCUCCAGUAGUUGCUUAUCUCUGUCAUGAAUCAUGUGAAGAUAAUGGAGCAAUUAUUGAAAGUGCAGCUGGAUGGGCUACAAAAGUUCAAACUGUACGAGGAAAAGGUGCAGUUUUGAGAACUUCUUUAGACACUAAAGUCAUUACACCGGAGUACGUUAAAAGUGUUUGGAACCAAGUCGUAGACAUGUCUGAAGCUAAACAUUGUGAUUCCAUACAAGAAGCUAGUAUGUCACUGAUGAAAAUCUUGGAGAAUGUCCAAGAAGGUCGAGUGGGUAUUGAGGACACAUUUAACUUUGGAGCUAAAGAUUUGGUUCUUUAUGCCCUUGGAGUUGGGGCAUCUGUUAAAAAUAACGACGACUUGAAAUUCUUAUAUGAAAACCAUCCUGAAUUUAGUCCAUUGCCAUCGUUCUUUGUCAUGCCUGGAUUGCUUUUAAGCAUGACAACAGAUCUUGUAUCUUCUGCACUUCCUGGCAGUUCAGUUGAACUUACAAAUAUUCUCCAUGGGGAGCAAUAUAUUGAAAUUGUUGAUGAUUUGCCAACAUCUGGAAAAUUGACAACAUAUGGCAAAGUAUUCGAUGUCAUGGAUAAGGGAUCUGGAGCUGUUGUGGUGACAAAUUGUGAUUCUUACAAUGAAGAGGGAAAUCUUUUGGUAAAGAAUCAAAGUGCAAUCUUUAUUGUUGGAGCUGGUAAAUUUGGAGGAAAGAAACAACCUAUUCAGGGAGUUAUCCCAUUGAUUCCUGCUCCAAAACGUUCUCCUGAUUCAUCGAUUCAAUAUAAAACAAGUGAAGAUCAAGCAGCUUUAUAUCGUUUAUCAGGAGAUUUGAAUCCACUUCAUAUUGAUCCGAGUUUUGCUGCAAUUGCUGGAUUUAAAACACCAAUUUUACAUGGAUUGUGUUCAUUUGGAUAUUCGGUUAGGGCUGUUUUGGCUAAAUAUGCUGAUAACAACUCUUCCCUAUUCAAGGCAGUUAAGGUGCGCUUUGUAAGUCCAGUUUUACCAGGACAAACAUUAAAAAUAGACAUGUGGAAGGAUGGUACACGUGUGUAUUUCCGUACAUCAGUUGUUGAGACUGGAAAGGAUGUUAUAACUGGAGCAUAUGUAGAUCUUAAGGGAGCUGGGUCAAAGUUGUAAGAAAACUAUUCUUGUUAAGCGGGGUAAUGUGGGGUUGAUAUUGGUUAAAAAUUUUGUAUUUUUGUUGUUUGUAUUUUUCAAAUUGUAUUCCUUAAUAAGCAAAUAAAAGAGCAUUUUCUUAUAUUUUUUCAAUUAACACAUA